GGCGCUCGGCUGAGCGGAGCCCGGAGCGAAGAGAUUCCAGCCGCUGCCUCCUGCGUCCCCGGGGCGCGCGCGCCGCCCGGCCCCGAGCGGGAUGUGAGCGGCCCGGCCCGCCUCGCCCGGACACGCACGGCAGCGCCCCGGCCCGGCCCCUCAGCUCGAGCGCAGGCCCCGCCGGCCCGGCCCCGCCGCCGCGAUGGCGCUGAAGAUGGUGAAGGGCAGCAUCGACCGCAUGUUCGACAAGAACCUGCAGGACCUGGUGCGGGGCAUCCGCAACCACAAGGAGGACGAGGCAAAGUACAUCUCCCACUGCAUCGAUGAGAUCAAACAGGAGCUCAAGCAGGAUAACAUUGCAGUGAAAGCAAAUGCAGUUUGCAAACUUACAUAUUUACAGAUGCUGGGCUAUGACAUCAGUUGGGCUGCAUUCAAUAUUAUUGAAGUAAUGAGUGCAUCAAAGUUUACAUUCAAAAGAAUUGGUUACCUAGCUGCCUCUCAGUGCUUUCAUGAAGGGACUGAUGUAAUUAUGCUGACUACCAAUCAGAUUAGAAAGGAUCUGAGUAGCCCUAACCAGUAUGAUACUGGAGUAGCACUGACUGGUUUGUCCUGUUUUGUUACUCCAGAUCUUGCCAGAGACUUGGCAAAUGACAUCAUGACUCUGAUGUCUCACACAAAGCCUUAUAUCAGGAAGAAGGCAGUGUUAAUCAUGUACAAAGUGUUUUUGAAGUACCCUGAGUCCCUCCGUCCUGCAUUCCCUCGCCUUAAAGAGAAACUGGAAGAUCCAGACCCUGGUGUCCAGUCUGCGGCAGUAAAUGUUAUUUGUGAGCUGGCCAGACGCAAUCCCAAGAACUACCUUUCCCUUGCUCCGCUCUUUUUUAAACUGAUGACGUCUUCAACCAAUAAUUGGGUCCUCAUUAAAAUUAUAAAAUUGUUUGGUGCUCUUACUCCAUUAGAACCUAGGCUGGGAAAGAAAUUGAUUGAGCCACUUACCAAUCUCAUACAUAGCCAGCGAGCUUGCAUCCAAAUACCUAAAGAGGGUUCAGUUCAUUGCAGCACUGGCAAAAAUACAAAUUUAGUACUACUUCAAGAAAAGCAGCAAGAUGGACACACCUCAGCCAUGUCUCUUCUGUAUGAAUGUGUGAACACAGUGAUAGCAGUGUUGAUCUCUCUAUCCUCUGGGAUGCCCAAUCACAGUGCCAGCAUCCAGCUCUGUGUUCAGAAGUUAAGAAUACUAAUAGAAGAUUCAGAUCAGAACUUGAAAUAUCUGGGUUUGUUAGCAAUGUCCAAAAUCCUGAAAACUCAUCCCAAAUCAGUUCAAUCCCACAAGGAUCUCAUUCUCCAGUGUUUGGAUGAUAAGGAUGAAUCCAUCCGACUCAGAGCUUUAGAUCUCCUAUAUGGCAUGGUGUCCAAAAAGAACUUGAUGGAGAUAGUGAAGAAACUGAUGAUUCACGUGGACAAAGCGGAAGGGACAACAUACAGAGAUGAAUUGCUGACCAAAAUCAUAGACAUAUGUAGUCAAUCCAACUACCAAUACAUCACAAAUUUUGAAUGGUACAUAAGCAUCCUAGUGGAACUGACCCGGUUGGAAGGUACUCGGCACGGUCACCUUAUAGCAGCUCAGAUGCUGGAUGUAGCUAUCAGGGUUAAAGCCAUUCGUAAGUUUGCUGUUUCCCAGAUGGCUAUGCUCCUGGACAAUGCCCAUCUGAUAGCCAGCAACACUCAGAGGAACGGCAUCUGUGAGGUGCUUUAUGCUGCUGCCUGGAUAUGUGGGGAGUUCUCAGAACACCUUGAAGAAUCAAACCAGACCUUAGAAGCAAUGCUGAGGCCCAAAGUUACCACUCUACCAGGCCACAUCCAGGCAGUUUAUGUCCAGAACAUGGUAAAGCUUUAUGCAUCCAUCCUACAGCAGAAAGAGCAAGUUGGGGAGAAAGAAGCAGCCCAGGAAAUUACCCAGCUGAUGAUUGACCGUUUGCCUCAGUUUGUACAGAGUGCGGAUCUAGAAGUACAAGAGAGGGCUUCUUGCAUUUUGCAACUGAUUAAAUACAUUCAGAAGCUACAAAUAAAAGAAGUGCCUGUAGCCGAGGAAGUGAUAGCCCUGUUUGCAGGCGAACUGAACCCAGUAGCUCCUAAAGCACAGAAAAAAGUCCCAGUUCCGGAAGGUUUGGACCUUGAUGCCUGGAUCAAUGAGCCUCCAUCAGAUAGCGAGUCCGAAGAUGAAAAACCCAAAACAAUUUUCCAUGAUGAGGAGCAAAGGCAUUCCAGACAUAGACAGCCAGAGAUUGAUGAGGAAGAAUUGGCCAGGCGCCGAGAAGUCCGGAAACAGGAACAAGCAAACAAUCCAUUUUAUAUUAAAAGCUCUCCUUCCCCACAGAAGCAAUACCAAGACACCCCAGGUGUGGAGCAUAUACCCGUGGUCCAGAUUGACCUUUCUGUUCCCUUAAAAGUUCCAGGAAUGCCCAUGUCUGACCAGUAUGUGAAACUGGAGGAGGAGCGGAGGCAUAAACAGAAGCUAGAGAAAGACAAGAAAAAGAAAAAACAGAAAAAAGAGAAGAAAGGCAAACAUCGCCGCCAUAACUCCCUGCACACAGAGAGCGACGAGGACAUCGCCCCAGCCCAGCACGUGGACAUCAUCACGGAGGAGAUGCCAGAGAAUGCGCUGCCCAGUGAUGAGGAUGACAAAGAUCCCAACGAUCCAUAUAAGGCACUUGAUAUCGAUCUGGAUAAACCCUUAGCGGAUAGUGAGAAGCUACCUGUGCAGAGACACAGAAAUGCUGAGAACCUGAAAUCGCCAGACACAGAAGCUCCCUUAGUAGGAAAAAAGAGCAAGAAGCCCAAAAAGAAGGAAAAGAAACACAAAGAAAAAGAGAGAGAGAAAGAAAAGAAGAAAGAGAGAGAAAAAAAGGUGACUGAAGAAGGAAAAAAGGAGGAAGACUUGGAUUUCUGGCUCUCCACUGCCCCACCUCCCUCCUCCAUUACACAGACACAGAGUGAGCCUGAGGGGAGCACUGUCCCAGCUGAACCUGAGGAGAACGAAGAUGCAAAGAAGGAAGAGCAAGAAGAGGACAACGAUGAAGGAAAGAAAUCCUCCAAGCAUAGGAAGAAAAAGCACAAGAAGGAGAAGGAGGAGAAAUCCAAGGACAAAAAGAAAUCCAAGAAGAAGCAUCAUCACAGUGAGGAAGAACCAGCAGAGUCAGUACAGAAUGGAACGCUAGAUGAUGAACCACUACCGCCUAUGUCCAGUUACUGCCUUCUUGCUGAAAAUUCAUACGUUAAAAUGACAUACGACAUUCAAGGAAACCUCCAGAAUGAUAGUCAAGUCACUGUCUCCGUGAUCUUCGAAAACAAGAGUACUAGCUUCCUGAAAAGCAUGGAAUUAAAUGUCCUGGACUCUCUCAACGCUAAAAUGCUGCGGCCAGAAGGGUCAUCGGUACAUGAUGGGAUCCCUGUGCCAUUCCAGCUGCCCCCUGGAAUCUCUAACGAAGCCCAGUUUGUGUUUACUCUUCAGAGCAUUGUUAUGGCUCAGAAGCUAAAAGGAACGUUGUCCUUUAUAGUGAAAAAUGAUGAAGGUUCAACCCAUGAAAAACUAGAUUUCAAAUUGCACUUCAGUUGCGCUUCAUACUUGAUCACAACGCCUUGCUAUAGUGAUGCUUUCGCCAAGCUGCUGGAGUCGGGGGAUCUGCACAUGAGCUCUAUAAAAGUAGAUGGAAUUAGCAUUUCUUUCCAACAUCUACUAGCAAAGAUUUGUUUUUAUCAUCAUUUUUCAGUUGUGGAACGAGUUGACUCUUGUGCAUCAAUGUACAGUCGUUCUAUCCAAGGUCAUCAUGUCUGCCUACUGGUAAAAAAGGGAGAGAAUUCAGUAUCCGUUGACGGAAAAUGUAAUGAUCCCACCCUGCUGAGCAACUUGCUGGAUGAGAUGAAAGAGACAUUAUCAAAGUGCUGAAUAGUCUUUAUAAAUAUUGCAACUACAAGAGAUGCACUUAACGAAGUGUAAGACAAACAGAUCCAAGUGUUACGUUUCUCCCUCGUACGCAUGUACUAUCCUGGGGCACGUGCUUUUCAGUUAACUCCACCAUUGUUUGCAGUUUAGACAUUUUAAGGCUGUAUGUUACCCUUUUUUAUUUGGAAUCUUUUUACCAACUGUGAUGUUAACCCUUUCCAGCCCAGUGAGAUCCUGACAUGUUUGGGGGGUUAUUUAUUCAGCAGUUCCCAGCAAUCCAAUACACCCUGCCUCCCAUAUGGAGCAGAACGUUCUCCGUAGCAUUGUUAACGUAGAAGGUUGCCUUGGCCCUUGUCAAUGGAAUAUGUCUGCUUUAGUAGGUGUAUAUUUUUAGCAGAGGCUGGUGUUGAACUUGAAGGCAGCCACCUCCUACUCUUAAGCUCACUUGGUCCCGAGUAUCAACCUCCUUGAUAUCUUAAGAGCUAAUCAGUAGGCACCUGGUAAGAGUUUGGGACACUCCUGGGUUUCUGCUUAUGGUAGCUGCCUAGGGCCUUACCUUCUGUUAAUGACAGCUAAAACAUGGGCUGAGAAGUGUUGACUCCUUAGUCCUCUCUGCUCCUGCUCAUCCCCAAAACAAGGCCUAUUAAACAUCUCCCCAUAAGUGAUCUCUGCUGACGUGCUUUGUAAAGUCCACUGAAAUUUCACAUUCCUGAAAAGUUAGAAUGUAGCAAAGAAACUGGAAAUCCAAAGGUUUUUUUGUUCCGGUUUUUUAUUUUGUUUAUAAUGUGGCUCACCAGAUGAGGUUGACCAGUAGCAGCUUGGAGAAAUUGUCACCUUAAAAUACCUCCUGCUCCAAAACGUUUGUCCCUGUAUUAUCAGUGUUGAGAAGUGAUCAUGUGUUUAGUUGGUCCCUGGAGCAUUGUGCUGGCCCUGCUUUCAGGAAGGUAGAUUCGGACAUAGCCAGGUGCCAGCAGCCAAGGUAUAAUUGGGGCCAUGCGGGAGGGAAUGGAGAACACUACACACUUGUGUUUGUAAUUCUGUGCUGUUGAGAGUUCACCUGGAAUCACUGACUGGAAAGGGAGUUUUCUGUACAAAUGAGGACCAUGCUCUUAACUGGCAUCACUUUCCAGAAUCUCUCAUUUGUAACUUCCUUGUGCUGUUCUAUUUCCAGCAGACUUGGACUGCACUAAACGGUUAUUACUUUGAGCUGUGGGUAAAGAACUGUCAAUUGCUACUACCAAAAGGGCCCCGGUGGAGGAGAUAGACAUGGACAAUGUCUGCACUUACGUUUUUGGCAACUUCCCCCCUCCAACAGAUGUCAGUAUUGCACAGCAGACUGAUGAUAACCCUACAGACUGGGGACAAAGGGUGAGAUCAGAACUCGAUCCCGAUCUGACCUUUUGUUAGACACAUUGUGCCUCUUUACACUCUUCCCCUGUUAGGGCGUUUUCUGAAGGCUCUGCUGUGGUUUUAUUGCUAGGACCAGCAUGGUCUGCUGUCUGAUUGCACUUGUGUACUGCCGGAAUCCUUUCGCAGCAGGCUCCUGUGCUGGUGAAGUGCUCUGGUUUAGUAACGACGCUCAACCUCCCUUGGUUAGCCAGUUUGUGUAUUAGAAACUGAACAUAUUACAAUU